CAGCCUGCCACUAAGCAGCUCCGAGAUGAGACGCCAAAGAGAAAACGACCCACAACUGAAUUUGCAAUCAAGAAGACAGUUAAGGAAAGGUUUCCCCUUCCCUCCAGAACAGCUGAUUGCUGAGGUCCUGGGAAUUACCUGCUUGGUCUUGAUGUCUAGCCUUGUGAAAACCAUAAUCCUUAUUUCCUCUGAAAAUAACUCUCUGGUGCCUCAUUGUGCUCACUGUCCUCCUGAGGGAUUUACAUACUCCAACAAUUGCUAUUAUAUAAAUCACGGGAAAAUGUCAUGGCAUGAGAGUGUGGUGGCCUGUGCUUCUCGCCGGUCUCGCCUGCUUUAUAUAGAGAGUGAAGAAGAACUGAAAUUUCUGGUCUCCAUAUUAUCUCCAAGUUGGGUUGGAAUAUUUCGUAACAGCAAACAUCAUCCAUGGAUGUCAAUAAAUGGUUCAACUUCCAAACUAAAGAUUAAAGACAAUUCAGCUGGAGAAUCUAACUGUGUUAUUGUAUUCUCAGAUGGCCUCCAUGCAGAGAUUUGCACAUAUCCAAGUUCUUAUUAUUGCAAGCAUAAACUUCAGAAUUAG